UUCCCUCUCUCUCUCUCUCACUUUCUUUCUUUCUCUCUUUCUCUCCGAACGUCAUCAUUGAAUCAUCUCCAUCUUUAAUCCGAUUCUAAACGGAAACAGUAACAUGCUUACAAUUUAAUCUAACCGAAGUAAUUAGAAUAACAAUCUUGAUCAAUCUACAUUUAAAUCGUUUGAAAAGUGAAUUGAAACAAUUAAAUCAAUAUGAUUUUCCUUUUAAUUUCAAUCGGUCUGUUAAUUGCUGCUUUUUAUUGGCUCAAUCAAAAUGUUUUCAGUAAAAUGGAUUGUGACUUUUUCAUGGCUCUCGUUGAAAAAUAUGGCAAAAACCCAGGUGAUGCAUUGAAGGGUAAACGGGUUUGGAUCACCGGAGCGGCUUCGGGCAUUGGUGAAGCCUUGGCCUACGAAAUGGCGAGUCACAAAUGUAAAUUAGCUUUGUCUGAUUUGAACAAUCAAGGAUUGGAAAAAGUUAAACGUAAAAUUAUCAAUCAUCACGGGUUACAAGAAAAGGACAUCAUUCUGGUCCCAUUCAAUUUAACGGAAACAAUUAAACACGAAGAAGCUUAUAAAAAGAUAAUCGGUUACUUUAAACAAAUCGAUAUAUUUUUCUGUAAUGCUGGACGAAGUCAACGAGCUCGAUUUGAAGAGAUCGACAUUCAAGUUCAUCGGGACUUGUUUGAGAUAAACGUUUUCUCUGGGGUCAAUUUAUCUCGUCUACUGGUCAGUGGCUGGUUAACCGAGUCACAUCCUGGUCAUAUAGUGGUCACUUCAAGUAUCGCUGGUAAAUUUGGGUUACCAUUCUCAGCCUCUUAUACCGCAUCUAAAUAUGCUCUUCUUGGAUAUUAUGAUUGCCUAAGGAAUGAAGUGAAAUCUAAAGGGAUCAAAAUUACCGUUAUCUGCCCUGGACCUACUGCUUCCGCUAUUUUGACCAAGUCUUUCACUGGAAAACCUGGUGAAGUUUAUGGUAAAGAGUUUAGUGAGGUUGAUACUCGAAUCCCGUGCGACCGACAGGCCAAACUUUUCGCCAUCGCCACAGCAAAUGACGUGACGGAAGCUUGGACAUCAAGAUCGCCCUACUUGUGGCUUGUUUAUGGAGCUCAAUUUUUACCUUCAGCAUUUAGAUAUUUGUUUCCAAUUGUUUACAAUGAAGCAAAACUAUCAAAAAUCAGAGAUGGACAUUAGUGGACAUUACCAAAAGUUAUCCCUCAACUAUUUGAAUUGAUUUAAAAUUUUACAAUUGAUUCAUCAAAAUGAACACAAUAAAAACUUCAAGAUGAUUAAAA